AUGAGACAUUUCAUCAAAUAGUUUUCAGAAUAAUCCAUAGUUCCUUCAUUAUCAAAUUUUAUAAGAAUACCUAAUUUGAGUCCAUAGUUUGAUAAUUAAUGGUAAUAAAAUAAAUUACUUGAAGAAGCUUGUAAUCAUAUUAUUAAAUGGAUUGAAAAUGAAACUAUUGAAAUACAAAAAGAAAUCUAAAUAUUGUAAAUUCCAAAUUCUCCAAAUUGUAUUUCUAUUAAAAUAUUUGGAAAUUAAAAACAAAAUAAAACAAUUUUAUGUUAUGGACAUUAUGAUAAAUAACCUCAUUUUGUUGGUUGGAAAUACGGUCCAACUACUCCAAUCAUAGAGAACAAUAGACUUUAUGGAAGAGGAUCCGCAGAUGAUGGUUGUGUACCUUAUGCAAUUAUUUCAGCAAUUAAAGCAUUAAAAGAAUUCAAAUAAAAUUAUCAUGAUUGUUAUCUAAUUGUAGAAGGAGAGGAGGAAAGUGGAAGUCAUUAAUUAAUUUAAUACAUAAAAAUGUUAAAUAUAUCAAAAAUAGAUCUUAUGAUUGCAAUAGAUUCAGGAAUUGUUGAUUAUGAUAGAUUAUGGAUUACUAAUUCAAUGAGAGGAGCAAUUACAUUUGAUAUUAAAGUAUUCUAAACUAUUAAUCCAUUCUAAUAUUUAAGAAUUUUGUUAAAUAAAUUAGAAGAUUCACUAACAGGGGAAGUUAAUUCACAAUUUUAAACUAUUAUACCAAAAAGUAGCCUUGAGGAAUGUUAAACAACAGCCUAGCUUGUUCCUCUAGAAUUUCCAAUGACUUGCUAAAAAAUGGAAUCUGAUCAUGUUUAAUAAUAUAUCAAUAGAGCUUGGAAACCAUCUGUAUCUUAUAUAGGUGGUUUAGAAGAUUUGGAUUAAGAUAAUGAUGAAUUAAUAAUAAGAAUUUCUAUGAGAUUACCUCCAAAUAAGGAUGCUUAAGAGGCUUCUCAAUAACUAGUACAAUUAUUAACAACUUAAUGGAGUUAAGUUGAAAUCAUAUAAGCAAAAACAGGUUUAGCUGUAAAGUCAUUUAGUAAGGAACUUAAAAAUAUUUUGAAUGAGGCUUCAAUAGAAUAUUUUGGAAAUGAAAUGAGAAUGUUUCAUGAGGGAGCAUCAAUUCCAUUUUUAAAUUCUUUAUAUUAAUUAUAUCCUGAAUCUGAAUUUUUAAUAUUAGGAGUUCUAGCUCCUGAUUCAAAUGCACAUGGUCCAAAUGAAAAUUUAAACAUUGAAUAUUUCAAUAAAUUAAUAGGUUGUUUGACUUAUAUAUUCACAAGUUAAAACAUUUGA